GGUUCUAAUGUAUUAGAACCGUGUUGCGACAAAGAGAACGAACCUAUUAUUGUCUAUGAUGUGAUUUAUGGUUUCAUAACCGAAAACCGAUAAUUUUGCUUAACAUUUACUUACAACUUCAUUGAUUUCUGCAGCUGUUUAUUUUCUGUUGGGACAGCCAUCGCAAGCAUUGUAAAUUGCAUCACAUAAAUAAAACAGUGGCCAUUACAGAACAACAAAACGCGUUGUUUUGAUUUUGAAUUGACAUUUCGUUUUGUUAUCUUUACUCUCCCCUCUUUUUCGCGCCAUGUCCUGCAAGUCAAUUAUAUUGCUCAGAUAGCUCAGAACGUUCUGUUUGUUUUCUAUAGAAUUCCAUGGAAAAAUCUAGGCAAUAAUCGCAUAAAGUUUUGUGACUUUGUAGUGCAAUCGAUAAUGCUCGAAAAUGAAUGACAUUCAGUGCUUAAUCGAUCGUCAACUUGGAAUUUAUUGUCGGUUGAAUUAUGAUAACAUCUUAAAGCGGCUAAUAGUGGACAGUGAGGAAUCCUACUACGGGCUGCAGAAUGCUAACAUUCCGGCUAGUUUUGACCAGGACCCUCCGAUAUUUGCUUGUCGAUUCUCAGAAGCUCCCGGUUAUGAACACAUACUCGCCCUCGCUAAUGAGGACGGACGAGUGGCUAUUCAGGAUACAUCCACGGUAACGUCUGCUAGCACGUUGGAAGGGUUUCAGUGUCACAAUAAUGCCGUAUUUGACCUGGCUUGGAUGCCCAAGCAUAUGAAUUUUGUAACUGUAUCAGGUGACCACACAGCUUGUCUGUGGGAUGUAGCAGAAGGAAUUCCUAAAAGGGUCCUUGUGUUCUCCAACCACACUAGAUCUGUCAAGACUGCGGUGUUCCGGCCCACAGAGCCCUCAGUGUUUGCCACAGGAGCAAGGGAUGGACACAUUCUAGUCUGGGAUAUAAGAGCGAAUAACCAACCCUCUGUUGUACUGAAACCUGAUAACUGCCUCAUGAAUUGCCAUUCUAGUUUCAACCCUAAGACUCCAGGCUCACAUAGUAAGCGACCCCGCAUUGAUAAUCACCGAGCCAUCAGCAUCACUGGGCUUGUGUUUCAAGAUGACAUGACUCUUAUUUCUUGUGGGGAAUGUGAUGGCAACAUCAAAGUGUGGGAUCUUCGUAAAAACUACAACAUUUACAAGAGGGAGCCUCUGCCGAAACACUCUAUACCCUACUGUGGCAGUUCUACCAAAAAUGGAUACACUAACUUGAUCAUAGAUGAUGCUAGAAUGAGGUUGUAUGCUAGUUGUAUGGAUAAUGUUAUUUACUGUUUCAACAUAUCCACAUACAACGCCAUGCCAGAGCAGAGGUACAUAGGCCAUGAAAACAGCACAUUCUACAUCAAGACAUGCCUCAGUCCCGACAGCAUGUACCUGGUGAGCGGCAGCAGCGACAAGAACGCGUACAUCUGGAACGUGAAGUACUCGCAGCCGGUGGUGAAGCUGGCGGGGCACUGGGCCGAGGUGACCUGCGCGGCCUGGUGUCCGCGCGGCGACACCAAGCUCGUCACCUGCAGCGACGACGCGAGGCACAAGAUCUGGCGCGUGGGGCCCGAGCUGCCCCCGCCGGGCCCCGAGCGGGCCCCGCCCGGGCCCGCGCCCGGCCGCGCGGAGGUCGUGCCUAGCCAGCCCGGGCCCGGCCUGCCGCACUGGGGCGCGCUCGACAAGACUCCCAACUCCAUGAAGAGGAAACAGAUAACCACGCCAGGUUCCUACAGUGCUAAACGGUUACGCACUCAAGGCAACGGUUCUGUUAGAAAAACGAAACGAUGUCUCACCGAUUUGAUGAAUGCUUCGAAGGACGCCGAAGAAGCUGAAUUGUCAAUAAAAAGACUGAAAUUAGAUCCCUGCAUCGAAGAAUGUGAACCAAAGCUAUUGCCGGCUGGAAUUAAGCGGCACGGAGACUGUCUCGAUGACAGUCCGACAAAAAAUUACCAUACGGACGCUUCAAAUGAUUGGUGCUACAUACCAAAAGCAGGUACAUCUUUCAUGACACCCACCAAGAACUAUGAAAGUAAAAACUGUAAAUUACUUUCACCUAAGGGAUUGAAAUUGCUAUCUCCAAAUACUUCAGACAACAAAGCCCCUGACCAAGUGACUCCGCAGAAAGUUAGAAUCAUAUCAUUCACCACACCCACUAAGAACCUUCCCAACUACGUACUGGACGGAGAAGCGCCUCACCUCAGACUCAUGUCACCCGUCAAGAAAAAAGACGCCACGACAGACUGGCUCACUCUCAUGGUUCGCGAGAGGAAGGGUAAAUUUCCAGAUGUUUCUGAAAAGUUACAACUGACAGCACCUCUCAGCCCUAAAGAGAAUAUACCGGCACGUAGAAAUUCUGUCACGGAGAAAACGCCUAAAUCUAGUAAGAAAAAUAGAACAUUAUUUAAAUAUUUUACAGUCGCUGUCAAAGAGAAAUGAAAUGAUUGUCGUAGGUAUAAUACGCUAAUUUUAAGCUAAAAUGGACUGAUUUAUUGUAUUUUUGUGAAAGAGCUUAAGUCAUGUAAUAGUCGACAUUACGUUUUGUGAUUUAUUUUUAAUGUGUUAAAAAUUUGCUUACUCAAGGAUAUACUGUAGUUUCAAUGCUUGUGGUAAUCAUGUUCCUAAAUUGCGUAGAGAGAGAGAGAGAGAGGCGACAAAAUAUCUAGAUGCUGAUAAAAAAACACAUCUAGUUCAGAUCCUUGGGCAUGUAAUCUCGAAAGUUUUUAAUUUUGUGUGAUGCUUCAUAAUAAUAUGAUGUCAUACAAGCUGACGUUUUAUUUUUGACUAGUAAAAUUCAAUACUGCAUGUUAUACCAAUAUACAUUUUGAUCUGAUAUUAAAAUAGUAGCUAUUGAAGCCAAGUGUAUUUGGAAAAUUGAAUUUACUACUCCUAAUUUAUUGCAUUUAAUUGAUGAAUAAAUCAAUAUUCUAAUUCUAA